CCAGCAAUCGGAAGACUCUGUGAAAAAUGUGACGGCAAGUGCGUGAUCUGCGACUCGUACGUGCGGCCCUGCACCCUGGUGCGCAUCUGUGACGAGUGUAACUACGGCUCCUACCAGGGCCGCUGCGUCAUCUGCGGGGGGCCCGGGGUGUCUGACGCCUACUACUGCAAGGAGUGCACCAUCCAGGAAAAAGAUAGAGAUGGUUGCCCUAAGAUCGUCAACCUGGGCAGUUCCAAGACCGAUCUUUUCUAUGAAAGGAAAAAGUAUGGCUUCAAGAAGAGGUGAUCCUAUUUGUACGUGGCUACCUCCUGUUGGGUUGGCAAGAGGGCCUGGGAACAUCUCUGGACUUUACUCUUAUUGAAAACUGGUUAAUUUUUUUUUCCUAAAGCAGUACAAAUUCAGUAAUAUACUUGGGGUUGGAUAAAUAACAGACUGAAUGGGGACUGAUCAGAACCAAUGAUAAGAGAGGGCAAAUGGAGAUUACUGUUUCUGACCUUUGCAGAAGCUCUGCUAGUAGUUACCCCAUCUCUCUAUACAAAGCAGAGUGGGCAAGCAGUUACACAUAGAGGAGCUAUGUAAAAAUAGAAAAUGCUGUAUUUAAUGUGGCGAAACACCUUGAGCUUGUUCUUACUGGGCCUCCUCUCAGUUGUUUGCAAUUGCCCCAUCCAUCAGUGCUGAAGAACAGAGCACCAGUCCACUCCCCUCCUCCCUUCCUCCAGUAUAUUUCCAUGCUGCCCUGUUUUGUAAGGAACCUGCUCAUGGCUGGUACCUUCCUAGGGAGAGCACAGCUGUUCUAUGUUUUCUUUGAGAGAUAACUCCAAGGCCGUUUCUUGUAACCAUUUCUGUAGGAUGCAUACCAAUAAAGCUUUUCCUUUUGGGAUUUUA